UAGAGUUUGGUUGUGGGUGGCCGUCCGAACUUCGAUUCGAGGGUGAAGUCUUGGCAACCCUUACUCAAUAGGUCGAGAGAGUCACGUUGGUAGCUUGAAUCAAAUUCCCUUCCCUCGACCUAAAGACCGAGAGAGUGGCGCUUGGCUACUUGUUGUACUUCCCUACAGUUUAAAACCCCCUAACCACACAUGACCAUUCGAUCCAACAAGUCAUAAUUGUUAGUUAGGGGGAGCAAAACCCGGGUGAAGCCUUCUCAAUUAGUGUCAAAUCCAUUUACUUUUGCAAACGUUUUAGCUUUAGAUUUUUGUUUUCACCAACAAUCAACCGCUAGAUAAUGUUACAAACGAUCUAAGUAGGGGUACAUAAACCGGCCCGUGUCGAUAUUUAAACAUACUUGCCCUAUACUGCACCAAGUUAAGGUUUAUACUUGGGCCUUAAUUGGGAGUUUCAUUGUGGUAUUCGGAGGUGAGUCAAUUAUAUUUCGGUUUGGUAUGAACGAACAAAAAUGUAACUCGGUUCGGGAUGGAAAACCCGACGAACUCGAGAUUUCGCUUCUCAUUCCUGACUUGUUUCCCCUUCUCGGCUCUCCGACUCUCUCUCCCUAUUCUCUUCUUCCUUCUUCCUUCUCCCAUUUUCUCACUCUCCAUCUAUCUCUCUCUGCUAGAACAACACGCGACCAGUCCGCCCUCUCCAAGCAGUCCACCGCCAAGCACUCCGACGCCUAGAGCACUGAGCUCCCUCAGCUGCCGGGCUCGCCUUCUCCCUAGAUCUGGCGCGCUAUUCUGUCGCUCGCCCAUUUUGAGGAAGAGGAAGCAAUGGCAAAAGAGAAGGCAGACCCAGGGGAGAGCAUGCAGGGGGCUCCACCACUGCCAUGUCGGUCUUGUCGCUGCUGUUUCUGCCGUCUCUGUUGGCGAUCGUGCCGCCUCUCCUUAUCGAUCGCGCCACCACCGAGAUGCCACAUGAGAGUUUUUUUCUGCGAUGAAGGAGUCGGGUUGUGGGUGAUCGAGAGAGAGUGAGAGACGGUCGGUGGUGACUGGUGGCAGGGGUGAGCGGCGGACAGGAACAGACAAAGGGAGAGAUGGAAUUAGGAUUAGGUUAUGUUUGUUUGGUCUUUCAUUCAUUGGAGGAGGCUACGCCCAGAUUUGAGUCUUGGUUGUUGGGCUUGGCCCUCAGCUGGGCUUUGUAAUUGGUUGGGCUUGGGUGCAAAUAAUUAGGCUAUGGUAAGUUGGGUCUACAAUUUUGAUUUUAUUGGUUCGAAAUUUGGAAUUCGGGUUCGGUUGGCACACUCUGUAUUCCGAAUAAAAACCAUUUCUUUUCGAUCCAAAUAAUGAGAAAUUCGGUUUUGGUCAGUUUGGUUUGGUUUGGUUUGGAGAUUUGAAACCGAACCGGAUGCCCACCCCUAGUGCCAUGUCAUCAAGAGUCAAACAUGUUUUUGACUUUUGUUAGAUCAACCGUCAACAAAAAUUCGUGCAACACAAAUGACGCAAACACCUAAUAGGUUGGAAUGUUUUUGUAUUUAAUCAUUUAUUGAAGUUACGGAAUAUAAAUGACACUUUCGCUAAUGGUUGGUAUUUACAGUGGUAUUAGCCCUUAUUAAAACACAAAACCUAUCUCUCCCAUCUAUUAUCUACAAAAUACAUUAUGAAAUUCUAAGAAUAUUUGCCUACUAUUUAUUUUUUACAUAUAUAACCAUGUUGAUAAUAAAUGCAUACACAAUAGUAUAUGGCACAAAAUAUCAUAAUGUUUUUAAAAUUAUAUUGCAUGUGGAGUUAUUGAAAUCUAUACAUAAUUUUGGGAUUUAAGUUGUACAAUAUUUUAAGGUUAUCUAAAAUUCAUGAUAUAUCAGUCGAUAUGCUUUAUUAAUCAUGAAUAUUUAGAAUAUAAAUCAUUUGUGAAAAUUAUGAAUAUUUGUAAAUUAUAUUGACUUAAAAGACUUAUAUGCGUCAGUGAAUAAAAUUAAGGAAUAAAAGUACAUAUUAACUUAAAAGCUUAUAUAGUCCAGUGAAUAAAAUUAAGGAAUUAUUAUUAGAAACAGUAUCUAGAAACAAUUUACAAUUCUAUCAAAGAUCCAUACAUCAAAUGCACGUAAAAAACAAUACAUAAAUUUAAUACAAAACCAAUCCUAAUGGAAUGAUCCAUAGAUCAAAAGUGAUGAGGGCAUCAACACCAAGGCGAUUACAAGUCCAACUUUGGUGCGAGAGGAACGUGGUCCAAUCACUAGAAGUCAAACCAAGGCAUUUAGAGGUCGACUUCAAUCUUAUUUGGCAUAGCAUUUACCAUCUUUGGAGUCGAAUUUGUUCAUGGGCCAAGAGGUCAAUGUAAUUGAUAUGAUCCAAGUUGGCCAACUAUUCAUGUCACAAUUAGUUGACAAAGAAGCUAUCAAAGUUGGAAAGAAGAAGGGCAGAAUUUGGCUAAGUCAAAAUCCGUGUUCAGGGUACAUACUUUGGAGGCAUGGUUCUCUCAAUUCUCUUGGUGGAAAUUCAAUUUUAAAGGUUUUUUUUGCAGAUAAAGUUACUAUCUUUCCAAUGGUAUGAUUUAUGGAUCCAGAAGAUGUCAUUAAGGUUGUUUUCCAAGUCCUCAAAGUUGCUACCUUAAAACUGGAAAACUGCCAGAAAAUGGCCAAGGCAGAAAACUGUUUUGUGAAGCCUACUUUGGAGCUCAAUUCAAGGAGCAUGGAUGGGAUUCAAGUCAAAAGGCUUCCACAACAUGAAACUAGGUAUGUUUGUGAACAAAGGGAAGGAAUUGGAUGAAGAAUUGGAGUUCGGGAAGGCCUCGAACGAAAGGUGCGAAGUUAGUACGAAAGCUGCCUUUUGGACCGUUGCUGGCAGCUUACUUGCUCUUCAAGAAAGGGAUUUUAAACCC